AUGUAUCAAGGAGAUACAGUAUCCUUCCUUGGACGGGGCAAAGACGGCAAACCCAGAGCCCAGGUUUCGACACCGUACUGGGUUAUGUUCAAUGCGCAUUAUGCCUUGGGACGGUUUAUCAUUUCCAAGGUAGGGAUGCAGAUCAAUCUGUGUCCAUCCGAUGCCAUCUUCGCCUUGUCGGCGUCUACAUCGGAUCCAUAUCAAACAUGGCUUGACUUUAUCAGCUGGGAAGUAUAUGGCACGUUUGUGUUCUGGAGAUGGUCUAUCGAGCUGAGUAGUGAACUGCUUGCAGAGAAGGCUAUGUGA